AUGAGCGAGACCAAGGAAGGAGAUAAAAAGAAUAAAAAUGGGAAAAAUCAAUUAAAAUUAUCAAAUACUGAGAUUAUUGGCGUUAUUGAACGGGUGGUUAGCCAAAGCACCGUUGUCGACACUUGGGAUUUAUCCAAGGCUGGGAUCGAUACGCUGCCCGUGCAAGUUAUAAAUCUCAUAAAGCAAGACACUUGUAGACUCGCAUUGAGCUACAAUAGACUGGCUGGACUCCCAAAUGAGAUAUUGCAGCUGGGGAAGCUGCGAUACCUGAAUCUACGCGCUAAUAUGCUAAGUACAUUCCCAGUAGUCCUCACUCACCUCCCAAACCUCGAAAUUCUCGAGCUUGGGCGAAAUAAGAUCAAGAAACUGCCAAAACAUCCAGGCUGUCUUGCUAAUUUGAAGGUUUUCUCUAUUUCUAAGAACAGGCUCACUAGGAUCCCUGAUUACCUCUCCAACUUCCAUAACCUCCGUAUCAUCAAGCUAGACUCAAAUCCGAUAGAGUGGCCACCACCAGAUGCUUUUGACAGCUUCAACCACGCUGCUUCCUCAGUCACACACCCUGACUACCCUCAGAAACACAAGCUGGACUUGGAAAUGGAAGCCUGGGUUGCUGCUCUCAGGCGUUGGCUGAGACAUAACCCAGACAGUGGCACUCAAAACGACACACAUGAUAGUACACCCUCAAACACUCCUUCUCCAUUCAAUCCACCCACUCCUGACACUCCCAACAAUCACUACUUCUCUCCCACUCUCGACGUAUACAACUCUGACUACGCUUCAAAGUCAUCACAUGCUUCUCACGGCAGAAACGCAUCCUCCUCCGCAAUUUUCCCAAAGCGCAGCAUAAAUCAGGAGCUUAAAGUGAAAAAAAGUCUUCCCGACAUGCGUCACGGCAGCAAUAGGAUCAUCACCGACCCCACGCCCCUCAACGCUACCCUCCACAGAGACGAAAGUCUGUCAUUCGCCGUAGAAAGGAAGGAGAGUGUCGAUCUCCCCCCAAUUCCCACUCUUCCCAGCAGUCUUAGUGGUUUUCCAGGCCCGAGCUCCGUAUCUGAAACUGAGACAUCCGAGCAUAACUGUAGUCGAGAGUAUAAACAGGAGCAUUAUCCGGCAACUCCUCUAUCGAGAAACAUUGAACAUCUACAGAAACAGGCAUUGCAUUCAUCCACAGUCAGCACCACAUACAAACACAGACACACGCCCACUCCACCCUCCCCACUUUCCAUCUCCAACACGGACAUAAUAGUUGACGCCGCAAACAGUCUCCUCUUUGCGCUCUCACAGACUCACUCUGCCAUCUCGCACCUCGUUACACUCACACACUCGGAUUUUGCCGUGGUGGUUGGACCCCUGCUUAAUAGUGCGGCGGGAGGGCUUGACCCGCUCUUCCGCGUGCUGGGAGGGAAGGUGCACUCUGGGAAUUCUGUACAUUCUGCGCAUUCCAGCAACACCAUUGAAGAUCUCACCGACGCUGUCAAGAUGGCCAGCAGGGCAUUCUCACCACUCAUUGCAGAGUUACGCGCGAGAGUUGCCGGGAGAUUCGUAGUCGAUGCGCAGUUCGUUCAUCCUGUCGUACUCCGCAUGGUUGUCCUCACUCUAUACGGGAGUAUGUCAGAAAUAGCCAAUGUGUGGCGGGUGAUGAGUGGUUGUGUGGGGGGUGUGAGUGGUUUGAGUAGUGUGAGUGGCGGUGAUAGGGGUGGUGGGGGUGAUAGGAAUGAAAACCAGCUACAGCACCAGCAAGCACAAAAACCACUGCAACCGCUACAACCCAACCAAGUCCACCAACCACACCAAACUCGUAGCAUUGACAAGAGCACUAAGAAGGUCUAUCGUCAAGGCGUUUCUUUGACACAGGCUGAUUUCGACUAUGUCCACUCACAUAACAGUGCACAGAGCAGCACACUCGCUCCAAGUGCCCCAAACACACCCAGCGAUCGCUUGCCUUAUCUCGAUCUCGAUAAUCCGCGCACACCUACUAGUCGUUCUCCCGAGCCUGGAUCUACGACGGCGCAUGAGCAAGCACAGUUGGAUGGUCAUGUUCGUGAACGUGAACGUGAUGAUGUACAUUCCCAACUACGCACACCAUCCCCACACGCACACCCAGCACAACUCCAGCCGCACCAAAUUGACACACUUAAAGUGGCACCACGGACACCCCGCGCUAGCACGCCCGACGAUGCGGGAGAGCUGGUGGAGUUGAUAGGUAGUUGUGUAGAGGUAGGCGGACGGUUUUGGCCUGUACUGGACGAGGAUGUCGCUAGCACGAGCACAUACGAUGAUGGCGGGGAUAGCGUUCAUAAAAAUGCCAAUACAAAUACGAAUACGAACACUCGAGCCACGCUUAAGGCAAACACCCCCUCUCACACCUCAGAUCCAAUCAUGGUCGAGCUGCGCGAUAAAUCCAACGAGGCCAAACUGCUCACUGCUAAACUAGCCCAGGAUUUAGAGGUGGUGAAGAGUGCGAGGAACGCCUAUGGAGUUGGCGGAUUGCGCGCCGCUGAUGCGGCAUGUGUGAAGGUGCUGUUUGAGCAUGCCUCGGCGUUUAAUAAGAUGGUGAUUUGGAUGGCAUCUCUCGUUAAGGGUCUCGGCGAAAUGAGACGUCUGCCGCUCAAGACACGCAGGAGGAUGCAGAUGAUUAUGGAUCUCGUGUCGGAGUUGACAGUGCAGCUGCACGUGUCGCAGUACAGACCACUAGCGCCAUCGCCCAACAGCGCAGCACUGAACAUGGCAAGUGGGAGUGGUAGUGGUGGAGUAAUUGGAAAUGAGGUGAACGGUUCAAAUAGCUUAAAUAGCUUAAAUAGCUGGAAGAGUUUGAAUAGCACAGCACCUCGCUCACCCAAGUCAGCCAAGUCCUCCAAAUCUACAGGCAAAAAAAGUCGUGAGAAAGGAUUAGGAAUGGCGGCAUUCCCUGCACCCGUUCUCUCCAGAUCACAGAGCUCUAUGCCGGCGAAUAUGGCUAGCAUGGCUGGCAGCAUGAGUGCGGGUAUGGGUAUGGGCAAAAGACCUUCACAGCCAAGAUCAGCUACUAACUUUGGAGCGGGAUUAAGCAAGGUAUUCAGCCCGACUAGCUAUGCAGAUAGUAAAAAACGCGGUGGAAGUGUUUCGGGAUAUAGUGCUAGCUCAGAUUCGACGAGUUAUGAGUGA